AUGCAGAAUCACGAGGAAUCUGAAGUGCGCGCAAAGAUCGAUCCGGGAGCGAGUUAUUUGAAUCACUCACCACCUACGUCGGCGCCGUCUCCAUUAGCUUCUGUCGCUGCAGCUCACUCUGCUCUUAAGCCUAUACGCCCUUUACCUCAGGCGCAUGGAUACGGCGGUUCCAGUUUAGAGACGCAGUCGCAUAUUCACCCUCAACUUAGAACGUCUUCUGCAGGUGUUCCGGCAUCUGAUAUGAUGCAGAGAGGAGUUUCACCUCCGUCGGACGAAGGCGCACCUAUUUCUGCGUCUCCCGUGGCCAACAUGGCUGCUCAAGGACUCCUAGGGCAUGAUCCUGAUGAUUCAGUGACGGACGGGCGAAAGGCGAAGCGGGAAUUGUCGCAAUCGAAAAGAGCCGCCCAGAACAGAGCUGCUCAGCGUGCUUUUAGACAAAGAAAGGAACAUUACAUCAAGAAGCUCGAGCAGCAAGUGCGCGAUUAUGGAGAGAUGGAGCAUAGCUUCAAAGCGAUCCAAAACGAUAAUUAUGCUCUUCGAGAGUACGUCAUUCAACUACAAUCUCGCCUCUUAGAUUUGCAGGUCGAAUUACCCCAGCCACCACCCAAUGUAAAUAUUGGCCCCCCUGCUACUGCCUCUACUAGUGCUCGCGGUGCGCACGCGACCACGGCUCCUGAGCCCGGUCCUAAUAAUACCAAUGCUGGAACUCUAGCGGACGUUGCGGCAGCAGUAGCUGGCUUAAGAGCUAGAGAGCCUUCGGCGGAUGGUCUGUAUACGAAACCCGCUUAUAAGUCGGAGUCUACCGAGGACUCGCAAACAGCCGAGGAAAUCCGCAGGCAGCUCCAACAAGAGGGAGGACCGGCCCCCUCAUCCCUGCGAGCCUAG